UCCUCUCAGCACAGCCAGCAUUGCUUUACUUCAGACUGCCUACAGAGAGAGAACUCUACACUUCUGCAGCCACGAUGAGUGUCGUAUUGAAGAUGAUGUGCGUUCUGCUUUGUGCAGUGUUUGUCUCUGCUGAAGUUAUGCCCAUGACUGACUUUGACCUGGAGAAGGUGGGUGGAAAAUGGUAUCUUGUUGGCUUUGCUACAAAUGCAAAAUGGUUUGCCACCAGGAAGGCAAGCAUGAAGAUGGGUACUUCCAUGCUGACGCCUACCAUGGAUGGAGACCUUGACCUCAACUCCGCUAGCCUGAAAGAUGACGGUUCCUGCUGGAGGAUGAAUUUUCUUGCCAAAAAAACUGAAACUCCGGGACACUUUGUCUUUUAUAGUCAGCGUUGGGGAAAUGACAAUGAUAUGCGUGUGGUUGAAACCAAAUAUGAUGAAUAUGCCAUCAUUCACACCAUCAAGACCAAGGGAGGUGUAUCUGAUGUUCUCAACAAACUCUACAGUCGUACUGCAACCAUAGCUGAAGACCUGGUGGAGAAAUUCAGAAAGUUCUCUCUGGACACUGGCAUCCUGGAGGAGAAUAUUGUCAUGCUGCCACCAAAUGGAGAAUGCUCACUUGCUUAAGCAUCUCAUCUCGCAAGAAAACAACAUCACCUGGUCCAGUCAUUUCAACUGAAAACACAGAUCUGAAUUGCUGGCCUUCUUUCUGGUUUUGUCUCUGACUUAGAAACAAGAGUCAGCCACUUUUUUGUGCCUUAAAUGCAGUUUUGUUGUGCUUACAUAGAUGGUAAAUUAAUCUGGCAAAUAAUAGUUUCUCCAACUAACUCCCAAGAUGUGGAAGUCUGCAAAGAACAGGGGACAGAAAAGAAGAAAAGAGUUCUAGGAUGCAGAAAGAUGAUUUAACUUUGUCCAAAUGAGACAUAAUAAAAAAUGUGUAUAAUACCAUGUUGUGUCACACUAUCACCAAUAUGACACCUGCAAAUGAAUAAUGCGUAGAUUGCUGGUUUUGUUUACUGCUAUCAAAUAAAUCUUUUACAGAAAAACAAA